GAGCCGAGCCGGAGGCAGCUGGAGGGCUCAGAAGCGUAAACGUCUUCUUUGAGGCUUCUUCUCUGGGGAGAAGGAGGAGCCAGCAAAGCGAAAGGAAAAAACGAGUCCAGCUGAAAACCAAGCGGCGCCAGGGCGCAGCUCUUCCGGAGAGGCUCUCCAUGAAGCCGUGGCUUCUACUCUCCUGCUUGCUGCCCUUCCUGGGAGCCGGAGAGGGUCGGCAUCCCGGAUCCAGGCAUCCGGGAUCCAGGGAUCCCAGGGGCAGCGAGGGGACGGAGGAAGCCGCCUUGCAGGUAGGUGCGAGCGGGGAGAGGAGAGGGAGAGGCGGGCCGGAGUCCCAGUCCUUGCGCGCUGCUGGAGGCGAGAUCUCCAUCCCAGUCCCAAAUGUGGCGGCGCAGCCAAGGCACACGCGCGUAUCCAACACAUAUUUAAAGCAUAUGGCUUCUUCCUCGCCCUCAAAAAAUAAAUUCCGGGCAUCAGAUAUGGGGUGGGUGGGGGGUUACAGGUCCCAGGAUUUUGGGGCGGGGGGAGUCAUGCGCUUUAAGCGUAUGGGGUGCAUCUGCCACACAAUUUACUCCCGAGCCGACCCCGCUGGAAUUAAUGGACCCAAUUGAAUCACAGACAUGGAUUCCAAUGGGUCUACUCUCGAGUAAAGCUUCGUUGGCGACCACCCCCUUCCAGAUCCCCAAGUCUGCUCUUUAAAUUAUGUUUUUAAUGAUGUACCCUACCCUGGGAUGUUUGGAUAAAGGGAGGUGUAGAUAUUGAAUUAUUAUAUAAUAAAAUAUAUAACAUGUAUUUAAUAAUAAUAAUAAUAAUAAUAAUAAUAAUAAUAAUAUAAUCGUCCAGCGCUGCUUCCUAUUGAUUCCAAUGGCUUAGCUUCGUAUUCUGCUGGGAGUUCAUACAAAAGUUACGUGUCUUGUUUUCUAUGGCACCAUCUGUAUGCUGUUUGGGACUGGAGCUUGCCGUUUAAAAGGUUGGAGGAAAUAAAAUAACAAAAAGAGGGGUGGGAAAAACAAAGGGUGCAGAGGGAGAAAAAUGGUCAUGUAUAGCUGGCUUGGAGUGUAAGGGGUUAAGGAGAAAGACAUACAGGAAAAGUGGGUUUUGAUGUGCUGUUGAAGGAAGAAGAAUAAGCCCAAUUUCAAAUAUGUUUCCCCCUGUAAAAUUGACAAGCAGUGAACAGCAGAUGCUUAGGAGACUAUUUCCUACAAAUAUUUUUCAGUGAAUAAAUGAAAGUGGAUAGUUUUUGUACUCCUCAUCUUCACCACAAGAUGUCAGACUUGAAACCUAAAUCCUGAAAGUGGGGCUGUGGUUGGUGAAAGUUUAUUAUGCCGUACUAAUUUUGUGAGCUAUGAGAUUUUUUGCUGCAACAUAGACGAACAGGGAAUUGCUCAGAAAUUGUGGGUCCUUGUGGUAGGGUAGGUUGGUGCUGUUCAGCCAAUUCCUGUCUUGGCAUAAAACAAAUAAAUGUUUGUGUGUUUAGCAUUUUUUAAGUUCAGCAAGUAAUCUUGUGGAAGUGCAAUCAUUGGGCUUGGCACUUGGUGGUUGUGAACCACUGGGGGGGAAACCCAUUGUACUAUCACUGUUUACAUUAACUGCAUGUAACUGAUUACAUACCCUCCAACAUUUCUCCAGUGAAAAUUGGACGUCCCAUUCAAUAAUGAUUAUUUUUGCUAUUUAUACCUCACACAUCUUACUGGGUUGCCCCAGCCACUCUGGUGGCUUCAUAUAUAUAUAUGUAUAUUAUUAAACAUUAAAAAACACUUCCCUAUACCUCUGUACCUCUGGUUGCGAACGGGAUCUGCGUGUGUGCGUGCUGCAAUUCAGAAAAAGAACUGAAGAUUCAAACAGGAUAGAAAACUAUAUUAAAAAUAUAGUGAAUUACCAAAGAUAACAGAGGAUCAAAUGAGGAUAUUAAAUAUAGAAAUUUCAGUUCAAGAAGUAAUUGAGGCAAUAAAUCAAACCAAAGUAGGGAAAUCCCCAGGGCCAGAUGGAAUAACAGCAAAAUAUUAUAAAAAAACAAAAUAACAAUAACAAAAAGAGGGGUGGGAAAAACCCAAGUGACCUCCCUGGGGCGCAAGCCUGGGCAGUUUGUCUGGAGUUCCUGGGCUGCCCAGACGACAAGACCCCCCCCUCAGCCUCUCUGAUGUGGUCCAAAGGAAAGCAGAGCAAGACGUUUGGCACCAGCUUGGUUAUAGGAGUUGCCGGAAGGAGGCGUACAAGACACCAUCCAACAAACAUACUGACAGACUUCAUUACAUUUCAAGAGCAUAAUUAUGCUUUCAUUUUUUCCAGGAAAGCAUUAAGAGAAUCAGGCAUUUGAAUUCGUUAUCAUCUAGCGACAACACUACUGCUGUCUAUGGAAUAAAUAAAUUCUCCCACUUGUCUCCUGAAGAAUUUAGAGGUACAGAGUAUUACAUUACAAAAUAUUUAAUGCUUUUGCAUUAAUAAUAAUAAUAAUUAUUAUUAUUUAUACCCUGCCCAUCUGGCUGGGUUUCCUCAGCAACUCUGGGCAGCUUCCAACGGAAUAUUAAAAUACAAUAGUCUAUUAAACAUUAAAAGCUUCACUAAACAGGGCUGCCUUCAGAUGUCUUCUAAAAGUCUGGUAGUUGUUGUUCUCUUUGACAUCUGGUGGGAGGGCAUUCCACAGGGCAGGGGCCACCACCGAGAAGGCCCUCUGCCUGGUUCCCUGUAACUUGGCUUCUCGCAGUGAGGGAAUUGCUAGAAGGCCUUCGGCGCUGGACCUCAGUGUCCGGGCAGAACGAUGGGGGUGGAGACGCUCCUUCAGGUAUACUGGAAUGAGGCCUUGCCUUAUCUUCAGUGCAAGCUAUUUUGACAUCCUUUUGAUAUGAUUUGGUGUGCCUGAACAUCAUGCUAAGAAGGACUAAAGUGCUCAUUUUUGUUUUGAGAAGAUCUAUGGUCUCCCUAAAUUUCAGACUCUCUGAGCUUCAACCUGUCAGAAUGUUUCAUUAUGCAAGUUGCUAUGGCGAUUAUUACUUUUGCGGCUAUUAAUCAUCCCUUUCUCUGUUUAUUUCAUUUAACCACCCCUUUCUCUAACAUGAGCUUUUCCCUUCAUAGUUUGAUAUCUCGGGGUCUAGGGUACACCUGAGAAUUGAGCAGUCCAGACUUUUGCAGAAAUAAAUAAUAAUAAUAUUAAUUUAUUUAUACCCCCGCCCAUCUGGCUGAGUUUCCCCAGCCACUCUGGGCGGCUCCCAAUCAAGUGUUAAAAACAAUACAGCAUUAAAUAUUAAAAGCUUCCCUAAACAGGGCUGCCUUCAGCAUGAGACUCUUAAUCUCAAGGUUGUGGGUUCAAAUCCCAUGCAGGGCAAAAUAUUCCUGCACUGCAGGGAGGUAGACUAAUGAUCCACCUAGCCCCUUCCAACUCUACAAUUUUAUGGUUCUAUUAUUAUCCCAGGCCUUUGGUGUUUUAAACUGCGGGAGGGAUUGUUCUGUUCAUUAUUAUGUGAUUUAUUUUUGGUUUCUGUACUGUAAAGCACUGUAAAUCAUAGGAUCCUCAGAUGAAGGGCAGUAUCUACAUUUUGUAAAUAAUAAUGACUGGGGAAAACGCAAGUGUUUGGCUUUUAGAAACCAUGUCUCUGAAUUGGCUGUAAUCAAAACUAGAAAAUAACAGAACUUUUGUUUUGUUUUAAAGCUACUUACUUACAAAGUAGACUUUUUAAAGUUCCCAAGUAUAUGCCGAGAGCAAGCCUAGAGGGCACAGAAGCACCCUUACCAGCAAAGUUUGAUUGGAGGGACAAGAAUGUCGUUACCAGCGUGAGGAAUCAAGAAGCGGUAAGUUCCACAGUUGAUUUUCUGCCUAACUUUGGACUGGCUUCCCUCAAAACUCCAGCAACCUUAAGGUAAUAUAAUGAGGCAAGAUGAUAAGAAGAUAAGAAUGGAAAAUUAACACAGAAAUAAUAAGUAAUGUUUUAAAAUAGAUAGGGGAAUGUGCAACCUUUUGGUUCUUUAAGGGUAUACAGUAUUGUUCGGUAAAUGUACGAGUAGUAAUUGAUAAAUCGACAGCUGUUGAAUAAUGGGAGCUGAACAUCAGGAAUGGAUUGUGAACCAGAGAAAAGUGUGUACUAUUAGGCAGCAAAGGGGGGGGGGAACAGGGGCACAUCUAAGACGAAGAGUGGGAGGUCAUCUUGUUUGCAUUAAAUUUGAUUUAAUUCGGCAUUGAUUUGUUUAAAAUUUGGAAAAAAAAAUAAUUGGCAAAAGAAAGAAAGAAAAGAUAAUACAGUGAGGGUUCCAGUGCCCUUUUGAGAUGAGACUACAUCUGCAUUAUUGACACGGCAGUGGUGCAUGCUUAUAGCACCAUUUCUCUGGUUGAUAUGAACUGGCUUUUUCAUUACAGGUAAUUGAAAAGCUGAGUUGAAGCCUCUGCACUUGCCGUAUUCUUUUAAAAAUCCAACAAUGUCUGUCUACAGCUGCUGAAAAUAGAUGGGAUAGGCAAAUCUGGAAAGGACUGCAAGACAAUUACUGUAUAACUGAGAAAUAUGUCAUUAUUAACUCUAUGGGUGUCGCUCAGCUGGCUUUUCGGUCGUCCUCCUCAUACAGUUUUGCAAAGCCACCCUAAAUCUGCUCUGGAAAGUUUUUUGGGGGGAGGAGGCCCUCUAAAACAGAUAUAGGGAAGGAUAGGAGGACAGGAAAUGCCUGACAAUUGCUUCCUUCCCUGUUCCACUGAUGGAAGCCUUGCUGCCAGUUGAGCAACACUGCAGGAUAAAACACUAUCUGUAUGGAACUAUGUGAAAAACAGGCUAUUUUGAACUAAAUUUGUGCUAAAAAAAAGUAUGAAGGGCAACUAACGACGAUUGUUUUUCUUUUUCUAAAUAAUUUUUAAAAUUAAUUUUCAUUUAUAACAAGCCAACAAAAGCCGCAUUAAUACAAUACCAAAUUAUAAUACAAUUAAAAAGCCAAUUAUCCAAUACCAAAUUAAACAAUUUUGAAUGACUUCCUGUGUUCUGGAUUUCAGGGAAUGAUGUUCUUAUUUCGUCCUGCUCCAAUACUCUUAGUUAGUCCAAAUACGACAGUUCCGAUCUUGAUCCUUUAUUUUAACAGCCAUUGAUCUGAUGACUUUCGUUUGUAUUUAACUGUUCCAUAUCCAUUAAUUUUGCAAGGGGAGUUUUUAACCUGUAAAUUUCUGUGUGAAAUGUUUGUUUUACAUUCAUCUUUACGCUUUCAGUUGUCAUCCAUCACCCUCAGCAUUUCUUUUCCAGUGUGGCGGCUGUUGGGCUUUCAGCGUUGUCAGUGCAGUAGAGUCCGUGUACGCAAUUAAAGGGAACGUUUUGGAGAACCUCAGCGUGCAGCAGGUUAUUGACUGUUCAUACGAGAAUAAAGGCUGCAGCGGCGGCUCUACGGUUACUGCGCUGAGUUGGCUGAAUCAGGUAUUCACUUCUUACAAACCCACAGGCUCCGUUAAUGCGUGACAGUGUUGGGUAAAGAGAAGGCAAGUCUCAGACUUGAACAACACUCCCUCUUGUAGAUCAAAGGUUGCGUAGUCCCAAAUAUUGUCUCCAACUUUUGCCAAUUAGAUAUCUCCAGGGCUGUCAUAAGUCAGGCAAGAUGGGCAAUACAGUGGUACCUCAGGUUACAGACACCUCGGGUUAAGAACUUUACCUCAGAAUGAGAACAGAAAUUGCGUGGCGGCAGCGGGAGGCCCCAUUACCUAAAGUGGUACCUCAGGUUAAGAACGGUUUCAGGUUAAGAACGGACCUCCAGAACAAAUUAAGUUCUUAACCAGAGGUACCACUGUAGAUGGUUCUGCUCCAGCAUCUGCUCAUCAUGUGACCUCCGUUGAGGCAAUAUUUCUCCCACCCUGACAUAAGUUGAGAUCUAUAGUACGGCUAGCGGGCUCUCAUCUUCCUGCUGUUGGCAGUGCCGUUUUUGCCAAUUUUCUAUAAGAACAGCUCAAAAAUGGCAUUUGUUUUGCGAUUUUGCCAAAAAAGCUCAAGAACUUUUCUUUCCGAAUUUUCACUGUUUGGCAACCCUGGGUUAUUUGUAAGAAAUCAAUCUUUUAUUGCGGCAGUUACUUUGGAACUCCCUGCCUACUGACAACACGCAGGAGCCUCCACUGCACCCGCUAAAAACGUAUUUUUAUAGAAAAGUCUAUCUGGACAUAUAGAAUGUUGACAUGUGUUUUAAUUCACUUUUAGUUCAUCUUUGGUUUUAAUUAUUUUUGAACGUUUAAAAUAGUUGCUUUCAACUGUUCUUACUGAUAAUUUUAUUGUUUUAUUCUUAUAAGCUGCUGAUUUUUAUUUUUUUUAAAUCAAGCAAUAUAUACAUUUUAGGAAGUAAAUAAAAUAAUUUAAGUAGUACAGACUCUGGCAUGACCAAAGCAACUUUCAAUAGCACAAAAGUGUGUUGUUAUUUAAUCACAAGCAACUCUUUCGAUUCGUCUUCUUGCAGACACGCGUGAAACUGGUGAGAGAUGCCGAAUAUUCUUUCAAAGCUGAAACAGGAAUGUGCCAUUACUUCAGCCGUUCUGAUUUUGGAGUCUCAAUCACAGGCUACACCUCUUAUGAUCUAAGGUAACAACUAGUGAGUAUUUUCACAGGGUCCUUCCCCCCCCCCAACUAGCCCAGUAGAGUCACAUUCCAAGUGACCAUUAUGAUUAUAAACCUCUUCAGUACUGCACAUGUGGGAAAUCUAUGGCCUUCUAGGUGUUGCCGAAAGUACAGCUCCCAUAAAGGUAAAGGAAAAAGGACCCCUGACCAUUAGGUCCAGUCGUGGCCGACUCCAGGCUUGCGGCGCUCAUCUCACUUUAUUGACUGAGGGAGCCGGCGUACAGCUUCCGGGUCAUGUGGCCAGCAUGACUAAGCCGCUUCUGGCAAACCAGAGCAGCGCAUGGAAACACCGUUUACCUUCCCGCCGAAGCGGUACUGUCAAGGAGGUUGGUUGAUGGGUGCUAGAAGAGAUAACAGCCCGGGAGUCCAGCCAGCUUUACAAGAUUUAUUAAGUCCAUUAUACUAUUUACAAUCCAGAGCUCUCAAAAGGCAUGACCUCCUCAUUCGGUGUCAGUUGCCGAGACUGGCCCCUCCUUUCCUUUUCUCCAGCAUAACAACUUCCUGAAGCCUCCCCUUUUCCUGCCUCCUUUACUUAAAGAGUGAAGCCCCGGAAGUUGCUCCCCCCUCCCUGAUUCAUUGCUUCCUGACAACCCUUCGUCAUCCUCCCUCUCUGAUGAGGUGCCGCUGCUCACUAUCGGAGGCUGCUCUCUAUUUCCCCAGCGUUUCCCCCUUCUCAGCCCCCAGUUCCCUGACAGGUACCUAUUUAUCUACUUUCACUUUGAUGUGCUUUCGAAUUGCUAGGUUCGCAGGAGCAGGGACCGAGCAACAGGAGCUCACCCCGUCACGGGGAUUCGAACCGCCGACCUUCUGAUCGGCAAGUCCUAGGCUCAGUGGUUUAACCCACAGCACCACCUGUUUCCCUACAGCUCCCAUAGUCACUGACAAAUAGCCAUGCUGGCUGCAGAGAUGGCAUGAGUUGAGAGUCCAACAUCAUCCAGAGGAUUCCAGCUUCUUGCAUCUUUACGUACUGAGCAUACAUGCUAGAGAUGCAAACAUGUUUGCUUUAAGAACACAUAGAAAUUAUCGUAACAGACGUUCUUAAGAAAACAUGCCUCUCAUUUGUGUGUGUGGUUUGGGAGCUGCACGGUCAGGGAAAAAACAACGCUGUCCAGGGUUGUAAAGACUGCGGAGAGAGUAAUUGGGUGCACUCUUCCCACCUUGGAUCAAAUCUAUGCUUCCAGGUGCCAUAAGAAAGCAGCAGAGAUAGCGCAGGAUAGUGCGCACCCCGGAAAUGAUCUCUUUCAGCUUCUGCCUUCUGGAAGAAGGUACAUGGUUCUAAAGACUAGGACUAGUCACCUGAGAAACAGUUUCUACCCAAAUGCGAUGUUGGUUUUAAACGCAGUGCAAAGUAGUUUCUAUGGGAGUCUAUUGUGUUUAAUUAUGGGGUAUCAGAGUUUUUAGGGAGCUAACCAGGCUGGGAUAGCAGGCUUGUUGGGUUUGGAAUGUCUGAUGUAGAUUUUUUCAAUUUCGUUGUUCUGUAUGGGACAAUGACAAUAAAGACUAUCGUAUCAUCUUUUAAAGUUUUCAGCAGCAAGUUGUUGAACCUUGCUAAAUCCUGCCUCCCUUCUGGAGUUUCAAAGAUCAUACAUGAAUGUUGACAUUUCAGGGAGAGAGAGACUUUGACCCCUGGAGCAGCAAAUGCGUCCACCGUUCUCAUUUCCCUUCCGAAUGCAGAGCAGUCAUUGACUGCAGAGUAGGAUGACUUGUCAAUGCAAGAGGAUGCAUAGAAAGUGUUUUUAACUUCCACGAUCGGGCUUCUACUGUUUGUGUUUCUUUUUGCAAUGUGUGCCCCGCUUUUCUCACUUGACCUGAACAAACAGUGCCAGGGAGUACAACUUGUGAAAAAAAGCAGAUAGUUUUUACUUGAGGUUAUUUAACUGGGUUCUACAGGGAGGGGGGGAGGUUUGUGAAUCAUCAUCAGAAUAAAUGGGGAUGGGAGAAUGGUUUACAAAUAGCUAUAGAAAUCAAGAGUGGUAUCCAGUUGGUUUAUCUCCAUUGGGGAAGGCAUCCAUUGUCAGGGUGGAAGGGGAGAUAAUCUUUGCAGAUUGGAGGGUGGGCAGAGGCUACAGGAAGAGGUGUAUCUACUGGCAAGGUGUCUUCCCACAGCAAACUGAGCACCACAAGUACUAUUCUAGCAAUAACACUGGUGAAGAAGUGGUCCAAUCUGAAAAAUACAAAUGUUUAGGUUACAAAACUGUAAAAAUAAAGAAAAAGUAAGUUUGCAAAACAAUAAUUACCAUGUGGUUAGGGUAGAUCAACGUGUCACGUGUCCGCUUAUCCCCAGUGUAAAUAUGACAUAUCAGCAAAAGUCGGAAAUUGAAAGAUAACUAUAGCAUGUACAUGAAAAUCGAUUUCAGAUUUGAAAUCAGCAUUGAAAGAACAUAUAGUGGUACCUCAGGUUACAUACACUUCAGGUUACAUAUGCUUCAAGUUACAGACUCUUCUAACCCAGAAAUAGUACCUCAGGUUAAGAACUUUGCUUCAGGAUGAGAACAGAAAUCGUGAGGCGGCAGCGGGAGGCCACAUUAGCUAAAGUGGUGCUUCAGGUUAAGAACAGUUUCAGGUUAAGAACGGACCUCCGGAAAGAAUUAAGUACUUAACCCAAGGUACCACUGUAUAAGAACAGUUGAAAAAUCUCAUGCAAAAGAAAAUGGAAAAAAAAUGUUCCCCACUAUACUGUGUAUCCCAAGGUAAUACAUUUUUUUGCAUACCUCCAACUGUACAUAGAUAUACAUGCCAUUUUCGAUGCUAUACAUGUCAUGUUCAAUGCUAUACAAGUCACUUACAUUUAUACUCAUAUUGUACUACUUUGGCUAUGUGUUUAAUAAAAUAUUGAAUUCUUGCAUUGUGAAAAACAAAGAUUAUGGUGAAAAGUGAAAAACAUGAAUUGCAAAAAACCUAGAUCUUACAGAAAAAAACAACUUCAGAUAUGAAAUCAGCACAUCGAAAUUAAGUUAGAACAACUGCAUGUGUCAAUGCGACAAAAAAUUUGUUCCCCAGGUUGAGGAAAAAAUAAGGUCAUGGCGCAAAAUGUGAUUCUUGAUCGUUGUCAGAUGAAUAGACUUCUCUAAAGGCUGGCUUACCGUGAGGGCAGUUUCCAAGUAGAAUGAUACACAAAACAGUGAAAGAGUUCUUAAUUGAAACCACCCUUGUUGAAAUUGCCAGUUUCAGUAACUGUAAAAUAACAUAAAAUAGGGUUGCCAUAUUUCAAAAAGUGAAAAUCUAGGCACAAAGUUGCCUGGACACUUCUGAGAAGGGUUGCCAUACACUCAGGUUUCCCUGGAUAAUUUUAACAGUUCCGCUCAGACACUGUUUGACGGACAAGUCCUGAAUGUGUCCAGGAAACUCCAGAAGUAUGGUGGCCCCAACAUACCAAUACUACUCUGAAUAACUUCUGCGUAGUACAGAAAGUUUAUUUCCUGUACUAUAGACUGACUUCUGCAACCUAAGGGGCUGGAUACCUGCCAAACAGAAGGUGCUCAGAAACUGGUUGCUUUCGAUUUUGAUGCUAGACUGAAUUCUGAUCCUGAGGGACUGGGACUAUUCUUCUUACCUUGCAGUGGCCAUGAAGACAAAAUGAUGAGGAUGCUAGUUAAAUAUGGGCCUUUGCCAGUAAUUGUAGACGCAAUCAGCUGGCAAGAUUAUCUCGGGGGCAUCAUCCAGUAUCACUGCUCCAGUGGAGAAGCAAAUCACGCUGUUAUAGUUACUGGUUAUGAUACGACAGGUGAGUUUUCAACCACCAAUUAUAAUUUUUUUAUUUUUUUCAUGGUAAAUCUUUAUUGGUUUAAAAUACAGAUGUAAAUGAUCAUUUACAACAAAGGUAAGUAUAGAAAAAUUCAAUACAGAAGAAAAAACAUCACGACAUGAGAGUAAGAAAAAAAGUUAAAAAGAUGAAAAAGAAAAGAAAGAAAAGAUGAAUGAUUAUUAACAUAGCAGUUUGGAGAAAGCCACUUCCACCCUGCAGAGGAGGUGGGAUUGCGGGCGUCAUGGCCCCCCCACGCGACUGGGGGGAAUCCCCGGCCACGUCACCCCCUAGCCAGCCAAUCAGCUGGCUCUGGGGGCGUGGCCUGCCCUAUUUAACGAAGGCGAGGCCAGGGAUCUCCCUCUUUUCCUGCCUACCAGCUGUUCCUGGUAUUAGUGCCAUCCCAAUAUUAGUGCCAUCCCAAACAUGUCUGCGUUCGCAUGGCGGUUUAUUCCGUUCACCUGACGUUUCCCCAAUUGCUAAUUUCAGCAUUUUAUCUGAGCUUUCACAAGACAAGAAAGCCACAAUCUAGUGGAAGAGAGUAGAACUUUAGUGCUCAUUUCUGUGCUAAUUGGUUCGGGGGGGGGGGGGUCCAUUUGAAACCGUUACCUCAGAAAAAUUGCAGGAGUAAAAUGACAAAGUUUGUGGUGGUAUUGUGGCAUGCAUUUCAUUUUUCUUUUUAAACAGUUUUAUUAAAGAUUUCAUUGUGCAACAAACCAUUAAAAAGUUGGGUGCCUCCCCCUCUCUCUGCCAAGUGGUGGCAAAAGCCUGGGUCCCAGACAAUCACCCAGGGUCUGUGUUCCUUUUGAGAACUGCCGUAGCUUUAAGAAAUAUUCUUUUUCACCUAUUCACACCUUCAGUGUGCAUGGAGGCGGUCCAGAUCUUACAGCAUGGUCAUUUAAAGAGGGAUUUGGCCCCACAGCAUUGCAGCCAGCCUUCAGCCAGCCUGCCCAAGAUGGAUCCCAGUCUAUCCCUCCCCCCAGUUCCACAGGCCCCCUGAAGUCCUUCAUGGAAUCACCUAGGGGUCCAUUAACCCCCAGGUUAAGGACCCCUGGUGAAUUGCAUCAAUACAAUUUAACACACACUUCUGCAUAUUGAAGAACUAUGUGCUAGCUAAGCCAGAUUCUUCGUAAAGAAUCCGGAUUGUGUUUUGUGGCUCUGCUUUUAAGUCUCUCCGUGUCUGUCCAACGAAAGGCAUUAAAGUUUGCCGAAGAUGUCCUAAACAAAACAAAACAAAACUUACUGAAAUUAUUUUACAGGUAGCAUUCCUUAUUGGAUUGUUCGAAAUUCCUGGGGCACUUCGUGGGGAAUAGACGGCUAUGUUCGCAUUAAGAUAGGUUCCAAUAUCUGUGGUAAGUUGAGGAAAAGGCACUGCAGUCGAUCCUUCACAUUUAGGCCUCCGUAUGCGUUUUUCCAUGGCCCUAUUUUAAGAGGCUAUUUGAAACUUCAGGUACAGUGGUACCUCGCAAGACGAAUGCCUCACAAGACACAAAACUCGCUAGACAAAGGGUUUUUUGUUUUUUGAGCUGCUUCGCAAGACGAUUUUCCCUAUGGGCUUGCUUCGCAAGACGGAAACGUCUUGCAAGUUUGUUUCCUUUUUCUUAACACCGUUAAUACAGUUGCAACUUGACUUCGAGGAGCAACUCAUAGAACGCGGUGUGGUAGCCUUUUUUGAGGUUUUUAAAGACUUCAGUGAUUUUUGAAACUUUUCCAAAACUUUCCCGACACCGUGCUUCGCAAGACGAAAAAAAUCGCAAGACGACAAAACUCGCGGAACGAAUUAAUUUCGUCUUGCGAGGCACCACUGUAGAUGCAUUUUACGUUCCUCCUCUCAACGUCCCAAGAUGAAGCUAAGUGCAGCAUCAAAGCAAGUCCAUUAGCAUAUUAUCAAAGCAAGAGAAUAUAAACAUAUAUGAGCUCAUUUGUGCAACAACGACCAAUUAGCUUGGGGUUAUUUUGAUUACCAAAAUGGCGUCUGCAGGCCUUCGGGAACGUUUCAAUAAAAUACCCCAUAAAAACAAAUGGUUCAUGAGCAACUUAGUUAGGUAAAGGUAAAGGGACCCCUGACCAUUAGGUCCAGUCGUGACCGACUCUGGGGUUGCGGCGCUCAUCUCGCUUUACUGGCCGAGAGAGCCGGCGUACAAUUUCUGGGUCAUGUGGCCAGCAUGACUAAGCCACUUCUGGCGAACCAGAGCAGCGCACAGAAAUGCCGUUUACCUUCCCGCUGGAGGGGUACCUAUUUAUUUACUUGCACUUGGACGUGCUUUCGAACUGCUAGGUUGGCAGGAGCCGGGACCGAGCAACGGGAGCUCACCCUGUUGCGGAGAUUCGAACUGCUGACCUUCUGAUCAGCAAGUCCUAGGCUCUGUGGUUUAACCCACAGCGCCACCCGCGUCCCUUGAGCAACUUAGUUACUUCUGAGUAAAAAAGCUGGGGGAAAGUAAGCUCAAGUAUAGAGACAGUUAAAACACUACGUAUUCCUCCAAGGCUGGCCGUCACUCACGUCUAAUGCAGUGAUCAAAGCUACUCAGAACAUCAUCGUCUCUGCUGGGACCCUCUCCCAUUCCUUCCUGGAAGUAUUAGUGAUCUAAAAUGAAAGGGUGUUCAGUAAUAUUGGUACAGCAUGGGAGCCAAGGAGUAAGAGAUGAUGUUGCAAUAAUACUUUCCUUUGUAAAGGAUUUGUCCAAUGAUCCAGUGGUUAACGUUGAUCUCGUUGCCUCCUAGGCAUCGCUGAUGAAGUUUCUGCCGUGUUUGUGUGAAGCGGUUGCUCUGAACGCAGAAUUGGUGACAGACAUUUCAAACACUAUUUUUCCACAAUGUGAAGGAGUUUGAUACUUGGGAAGGGAAUUUUGGGCAUUCUGACGGCAACAAACAGAAGAAUCACCUUCCAGAAAGUGCCAUAAAACUUUUAUUUUUGGGAACUUGAUAUCCGCUCUGCAGCGUAUUCUAGACCAUCAAUUGUGCAAACAGAAGGAAUUUUAUAUUACCAGCUCUAGUUUCAGUUUUGGGAAUCUUGACUCCACCUGCGCUUAGCACAGUACAGUGGUACCUCGGGUUAAGAACUUAAUUCGUUCUGGAGGUCCGUUAUUAAUCUGAAACUGUUCUUAACCUGAAGCACCACUUUAGUUAAUGGGGCCUCCUGCUGCCGCCGCUGCGCAAUUUCUGUUCUCAUCCUGAAGCAAAGUUCUUAACCCGAAGUACUAUUUCUGGGUUAGUGGAGUCUGUAACCUGAAGGGUCUGUAACCCGAGGUACCACUGUAUUUUAAAUAAGAGUUGAGCGAUUGUUGUCAGAGAGCUGGAUUUAUAUCAGGGAGGCCCGAGUUCAUCAGGUAGAAUGUCCCUGAUGUGCAGCCUUAGACAAAAACCACACACUCUGCCUCAGUUCCCCAUCUGUAAAAUGGUAACAUCACACCUCACAAUAAUUUUGUGAUAACAAAAUACAAAUUUAUAAAACAUGUUGCAAAUUAAAGUCAGAACUAUACAGUGGUGCCCCGCAAGACGAAUGCCUCGCAAGACGGAAAACUCACUAGACGAAAGAGUUUUCCGUUUUGGAGGUGCAUCGCAAAACGAAUCUCCUACGGGCUUGCUUCGCAAGACGAAAAUGUCUUGCGAGUUCCUGCGGUUUUUUCCCUUUCCCCCUUGUUCUAAGCCGCUAAGCCGCUUAUCUGCUUAUCCGAUAAGCUGAUAAGCCGCUAAAAGCCGCUAAUAGCGCUAAUAGCGCUAAUCCGUCAAUGGGCUUGCUUUGCAAGACGAAAAAACCGCUAGACGAAGAGACUCACAGAACGGAUUCUUUUCGUCUUGCGAGGCACCACUGUAUGUGUGUUGAAUGUACAGGGUGCAUCGCUCUUAUUCCAGCAUUUUGUAGAAUAUACUGGUAAUAAUAAUGAUAUUGUUUUUAGUUUAUUGAUUUUAUCUUUUGAAUGUUUGAAGGAGUUAUUUUUGUACUGAUUUUACUGAUGAUUUUAUUGUUCUUUUGUAAAUCACUUUGAGGUGGGUUUUUUUAACAACCAGUGUAUGGACUUUAUGAAAUGAUAAAUAAAUAAAUAUUUGCAGUGCUGCAGGUGUAA